AUGGGUGCCACACCUGAGCCACUUCACAAGAUGGCCGCCCCCACGCACGAGCCACUUCACAAGAUAGCCGCCCCCACAUCCGAGCCACUUCACAAGAUGCCCGCCCCACACCCGAGCCACUUCACAAGAUGGUCGCCCCAUUGCUCAAGCCACUUCACAAAGAUGGCUGCCACACCCAAGCCACUUCACAAGAUGGCCUCCCCCAUUCCCGAGCCACUUCACAAGAUGGCUGCCCCCACACCUGAGCCACUUCACAAGAUAGCUGCCCUCACGCCAGAGCCACUUCACAAGAUGGGUGCCACACCUGAGCCACUUCACAAGAUGGCCGCCCCCACGCCCGAGCCAAUUCACAAGAUAGCCGCCCCCACAUCCGAGCCACUUCACAAGAUGGCCGCCCCACACCCGAGCCACUUCACAAGAUGGUCUCCCCAUUGCUCAAGCCACUUCACAAAAAUGGCUGCCACACCCAAGCCACUUCACAAGAUGGCCUCCCCCAUUCCCGAGCCACUUCACAAGAUAGCCGCCCCCACAUCCGAGCCACUUCACAAGAUGCCCGCCCCACACCCGAGCCACUUCACAAGAUGGUCGCCCCAUUGCUCAAGCCACUUCACAAAGAUGGCUGCCACACCCAAGCCACUUCACAAGAUGGCCUCCCCCAUUCCAGAGCCACUUCACAAGAUGGCUGCCCCCACACCUGAGCCACUUCACAAGAUAGCUGCCCUCACGCCAGAGCCACUUCACAAGAUGGGUGCCACACCUGAGCCACUUCACAAGAUGGCCGCCCCCACGCUCGAGCCACUUCUCAAGAUGGCCGCCCCCACGCUCGAGCCACUUCACAAGAUGGCCGCCCCCACGCCCGAGCCACUUCACAAGAUGGCUGCCCCCACACCUGAGCCACUUCACAAGAUGGCCGCCCCCACGCCAGAGCCACUUCACAAGAUGACCGCCCCCAUGCCCGAGCCACUUCCAAAGAUGGCCGCCCCACACUUGAGCCACUUUCCAAGAUGGUCGCCCCCCCACACUUGA